UUAUUAGCUUACGACACAAGGCUGAAGACAAAAGAUAUGGGGCAACAACUAAAACUAUUGCUCCUAAUAGGAGCUCUGCUUAUUUUCCACUUUUCGGGGUGUGAGGCUCAAUACGGUUAUUCUUACUAUCCGUAUGCUUAUGGCGGUUAUGCACCAUACUAUGGCGCUUAUUCACCAUACUAUGGUGGUUAUGCACCAUAUGGUUAUGGUUACUAUGGACGUUGAUAGAAAAAAUAUGUACUUGUGUCGCUUACUUAUCCAUUAAACCUGACAAUAUAAAUGCAUAAAGCCUUACCACA